GGCCGCCGUCGCCGCCGCGCUUUACGGCGUGGGGGAAGGCGGUGGGCAGGCGGCCCCGUUGCCUCUGGCUUCGGUGGCGGCGGUGAUGGCGACCUAUGUGAGCGAGCUGGAGGCGGCCAAGAAGAGCCUGAGCGAGGCUCUGGGCGAGAACGUGAAGCAGUACUGGGCCAACCUGAAGCUCUGGUUCAAGCAGAAGAUCAGUAAGGAGGAGUUUGACCUGGAAGCGCGGAGGCUUCUCACGCAAGACAAUGUCCACUCUCACAAUGAUUUCCUCUUGGCUAUUCUUACCCGAUGCCAGAUCUUGGUGUCCGCACCAGAAGGUGCUGGAUCUCUGCCAUGGCCAGGUGGCUCUGCAACUAAGCCUGGAAAACCCAAAGGAAAGAAAAAGAUUUCUUCAGUUCGACAAAAGUUUGAUCACCGCUUCCAGCCUCAGAAUCCACUCUCUGGAGCCCAGCAAUUUGUGGCAAAGGAUCCUCAGGAGGAUGAUGAUUUGAAGCUGUGUUCUCAUACCAUGAUGCUUCCUACACGUGGCCAGUUAGAAGGAAGGAUGAUCGUAACUGCAUAUGAGCAUGGGCUAGACAACGUCACAGAGGAGGCAGUGACUGCAGUUGUGUAUGCUGUGGAGAACCACCUUAAGGAUAUUCUGACAUCAGUGAUAUCCAGGCGGAAAGCCUAUCGUCUGAGAGAUGGCCAUUUCAAGUAUGCCUUCGGAAGCAAUGUUAACCCUCAGCCGUAUCUGAAGAACAGUGUUGUUGCUUAUAACAAUUUAAUCGAGUGCCCUCCAACCUGUGCGACACCUUCUGCCGGUCAGAAUCUGGCUCCCCAGCCCCCGCCCGACGACGCUGAGCAGCAGGCAGCUUUACUUCUCGCAUGUUCUGGGGACACUUUACCAGCAUCCCUCCCGCCAGUGAACAUGUAUGACCUUUUGGAGGCAUUACAGGUGCACAAAGAAGUUAUUCCUGCGCACACUGUCUACGCUCUAAACAUUGAGAGGAUUGUCAUGAAACUUUGGCAUCCAAACCACGAGGAGCUACAGCAGGAUAAAAUUCAUCGCCAGCGCUUGGCGGCAAAGGAGGGCCUUCUGCUCUGCUAGAGCUAGGCAGCCACGCCAGGCCUCAGGUGGCUACGGUGCUAUUCCUUGGACUUGACACGCAGAUGCUUCUUACAAACCUGUGUCAGCAUUUCAAGGGUGAUGUAAGUGAUGAGUCAACUUUUCCUAUGGAAAUAUGACUGAGUUGUGGUACACUUUCUCUGCUUCCCCAGAGUCAUGUGCCACGGAGUGCUUGCAGCAACGCCAUUGAGUUGGAAAGGAGAAACAAGAGACUUGUUUGCAAAGACUGUUUUUUAGGAAAAAUAAAUGUUAGGGUGGAAAGAGUUGGUUUUAAAUAAGAUGUAUUUGUGUUUUCUUUUGUGAGCAUGGGGAAUCCCCCUCCUCGCCCUCCCCUCUCAGGUAGUUUCCCUUCUGCUCGGUCUCCAGGGGCCUUGUCCAGCUUCCGUUGCAGUUGGUGGGAUCCUCUUCCAUUCGUUUAACUGGAAACAGAAUGCGUUUUGGUGAAGAUGAGCAAUUCUGUAAGCUGACAUUGUUCUUCUACCAGGGGAAGUUUGAUUAGAAACUCUGAGAAAACAAGGCAAAAAGGGAAAAGCCCUUUGUAGCCUGUCUUUUGAAUUGUUUUGCAUCACAAAACACGGUGCGCACUGUUACAGGAAUCUCUCACCGGUUACCAAAAUACGCAAUAAAAUCGGGGUUGUGAGGAGUGUUUUCUUACCACCCUAGUCCUUGACUCCACCUUGUCUUGUAGUAGUUGCGAACAGAUGUUCUAGGAGCUACUGGAUGUAUGACAAGAGGCAACCUCUGUGCCUGUCGGUGCAGCUAAUGAUUUUUGGCCAUCCCAGCAGGCAGCUUGACCAUCCCUGAGGUAGGACAGCAACUCCCACAUGCAUACACCGAUCCACUGGCUUAGCCUUGCGGACUCCUUGGAUGUGCAGCAUGAACAAGACAUCUCGUAUAUGUCGUUGUAAAAAUAUGCAGCCACGCCAAUCACUGUGCGAAAGGGGAGAUUCCACCUGCUGUGUUCCAGGUGGAAUUUCUGGCUUCCUGAGUCAGCUAUGUGCCCUUCAGAUGCUGAAGGGAACAGGCUUAUUAUACCAUAAGAAUUCUAUUAAAAUGUCUUAAUUACUAUAUUACCUGUUUUUAACCACACCUAUGGAGGUACCUGCUGAAGGAUGACUUGGCUUAUUGUGCCUCCAGACAGCGGAAUUGAAACAGCUUCCUCUGGGGGAAUAUAGAAGGGGAAGCUUGUGGUUCCCCUCCAUUCUAGUUUUCCUCUGUUUGGGAAAUACUUGUGUAGGACAGCUGUCUUUUUUUUCCCCUCUUCUUUGCAUUUUCCUUCUCUACUGUGUCCUCAGGACUGAAAAAGCUGCAGGUCCCUGAUGUUUCCUCCCAGCUACCUUUUUAAAAAACUUCCUUUCUUGACCCCCAUGACUGUUGAUAUUGGACUGGAGUUGGAGCGAGGGGCUGUGCAGCUGUCACUGUGUUCCUGGCUUUCCUGCAUCCCCUUGUGGGAUGUGCUGUGGAGUCAGGCAUAGCAAGAGGCAGAGCCUGUGCAGGUAUCGGUGGCUCUCACCAUGAGAAGAUGCUUCUAGGUUUGUGAAGAACCUGGGAAAGGCAACAGCAGAGAACUACGGCAGGGCCCGGCAGGAUGAGAGCAACUGUACUUGGUAGGACACGUCUCUUUAAGGUAUGGCAUGUGUAGUUAAGGGGAGUGGGAGAGAGGAGAUGGAAGAUUUCUUUUGGUCCCUUUCUCUCAACUGCCAUUUUUUCUGUAUUUAAGCAUACAUUGCGCUUCAGAGUGAUCCUUAGCUUAAAAGUUGACCCCAGUGGCUUUUACGUGACAGUUCUGGGUUUUUUUUUUAAAGCAGCAUUGAAUCUGAGUAACUGUAUAUGGUGAGAUCGUAAAGUCACCCAAAGCCUGGACUCUGGGGUGUGGGAGGGGGAUUUCCCAGACAGUUGUUAUGCUUCUGGUGUAAAAUGAAAGCAUUAAAUUUGUUUGCUAGAAACUUUGGGGCAGCUCUGAGGAUUUCUGAUCUGAAGGCAGCACGCAGCCUCCGCAGCCCCACAGGCGACUUCUGAAGCAAAAUACUUUUAAGUACGGCACAAGAAGUGCCUCUCUCUUCUGUUUGCAUGUGGUAGGGGAAGGCUCUACAGACAGCCUCGCGUUCUGAAGAGCUGAGUCAUCGAUUCCACACUGAAAAAAGUGGGUUAUCCGGUACACCUGUUAGACAACAAAGGCUGGAAUAAGGAAAUCCUGCCAGCCCCAUUUCUCAGAUCGGAAAACUGUUCUCAAUGCACUUUCUCACAAAGUGUGAGGUCUCAUGAGAAAUGGUGCUUCAUAGACUUUUGGGGUAGUCUAGCUGGAAGGGAUGUCUGGAGGCUGCUUUGUCCGCCCCUUUUUGAGAGAAGGGCCAAGUUCAAAGUCACAGCAGGUUGUCCAUCUCUCGAGGCGAGGACAGAGAAGUGGUGACGUUUCCCAUUCCAGCACGUGACCAUGCUGACGGUGAAGGUUUUCCUUGCAUCUCAUCAGAAUUUCUCAUGUUGUGCCUGUUGCUUUUCAGCUUUUCCUGUGUGUCUCUUGGUGGCUGCCCAUCAGAGAACGACAGAUAACAGCAAGCUCUCCCUUCUGCCUUCUCUCCAGGCUGAACAAACCUUGCACUGCCAGCUUCUCCUCGUACGCUGUGUGCUCCAGCCCAAACUAUUUUGAUAGCCUCCACUGAACUCGCUCUGAUAUGUCGCUGUCCUUGCGCUGGGGAGCCCAGACUGGACCCAGCUCUUCAGAGAGCCCCAGGAUCCCUCCCCUCGCCCUGCUGGCCACACUCCUGCUAGCAGUUGGCCUUUGCUGCACGGGUGCACUGCUGACUCCUGGGUUACUUGUCCACCUGUGCUUCCAGGUCCCUUCCUGCAAAGCUGCUUUCUUGCCUGUUGCCUCCAGCCUAUUCUGCUGCAGGGGGUUACUCCAUCCCAGCAGCAGGGCUGUGCGUUUGCCAUUGAACUUCUUGAGGUUCCUCUCGGCCUGUUUCUCCAGCCUGCUUAGGUCCCUCUGAAAAGCAGCUCUACCCUUCAGUGUGUGAAGACCACUCUUUCCAUCUGGUGUCCUCUGCAGAGCUGCCCAUGUGCUCCAUCCUAACCCAGGUCAGUAGCAAAGAUACUGCAGCAUAAGAAGCCCCAGUAUUGACCCCCAAGUGUUGGUCACAGUAUUGAGAGCCGCUAGUAGCCAGCAGCCAGCUGGACUCUGAAGCACUGACCGCUGCUCUUGGAGACCAGCAGGGUGAUGGUGCCGAUGUGCAUCACUGUUAGUCUGCUGGCUUUCACUGUGAUGUGACAUUUGCCUGUGUUUAUGGUAAUCAGCCCUCUAAAAUGAGUAAGAUUGCUGAACUUCAAAGCAGUGGCUUAAGGUAGCACUGAAAUUAGUUUGGAAGGGUUUUAUCUUCUGCCCCAAGAUCCACUAAGAACCUGCCAGGUCUAUGGCAAGCUGAGCUUGACCAAAACUUCCUGGCAGAUGUUGGCUGAAAAGCCUACAAUGGAAGACUUCAGAGUUAUCUUAGGCAACCUGUUGUACUGUUUAGUGGUCUUCACCACUGAAGGCUUUUUCCACAGUCCUGUGCCUCUUGCUGCAGCUUAGGCCUAGAACUUACGCUCACCCCAGAGUAUUGCAUGGAAGGACAGAAGGGAAGGAGUGAGACAUCAUCUGUCACAUCCCCAGUAGCGAGAAUUGCAUCCUGUGUUCUUAAUCCGGUAGGAGCUGUGCCAUGUAUUGAAAGCUGCCACUUGUGAGCUUCUGGUGCUUCUAGCUUCCGCUGCUGGAGUUGCAGUGGGAAACAAUCAGCCACCAUGUGAAGGGGGGGUUGGUGGGAAGCACGUGAGAGCUUCACUGGGCUUGCUUUGUACCGUGAGUUUAUCUCAGGAUGUGGCUGGUGCCCUGGGAGUGUAGGGUGCAGAAAGAAAAUCUUUGUUUUUAGUUUUCAGGUGGUUCCAGCUGCGAGACAUGGCUUAAGUCUGACCAAGCCUUUCCAGCUGGGUGCCAGGGAGGAUCCUAGAGAUGUGAGUGUGGCCCUCCUCAGCACCCCCGAAUAGCCAAACUCUUGCUCCUAAGACUGGUGACCGGGGAAGAUGUUUCUCAUUGCUGGUUUACAGCAGAAACCUGGAGCAUGGCACUUGCUAUCAAACGCGCACUGCACUGCCUUUCUCUUAGUUUAACUGCUCAUGUAUCCCCUCUCAGCCUUCCCACUUUUAUCUCCUGCAGCUGAGGUUGGCUUUUUUGGUUGUUGCCCUGUUCUUUCUUCCGAGCAGAAAAUCCCCCUGUUGUAGAAAGCUGGGAUUGGGCUUGAUGCAAAGAGUGGCUCCUCUGAUGGCCAAAAGCUGUGUGCCAGUAGUGCCUGAAAAUGCAGAUUCUGGUUUCUCAAAAAAGACAAAUUGGAGCCAGUGACUUUGUACCACCUUCCUCCUUGCUUGACCUCUAGGAAACUUCUGGCAAAGAGAGGAAAAUGAGGAAAUGAGACUGCUUGCAUUUAAAAAGAAACCACGUGCACUGCAUUUGUAUCCUUAACUGAGAAUGCCCAAGAGCCCCAGCCAGGGGUUGCGGAAACACUCUGCUGUCCAGCCAGGCAAAAACUAUAUCGAGAAAGGAGACUUUUGUGCUCCUGGGGUGGAAGGAGACGUGUGACCUAUUGCUGCAGUCUGAUGUCAUCAAAUAAAAAAAGUCUUGACAGAA